AUGGUGACCCCUGUGACCCACAUGUACACCUCCAGAUGGCCUCCUGGAGCCAGAAAGUCUAAGUCCCCGCAUCGGAUCACCGGCGUGCCCGCCACGUCAGACGCAGCGGUAGACACCAGCUCCGAACUCGCCACCCAGGACUUGAAGGAGAAGCAGGAAGUUGUGGAAGGGGCGGAAAACGGAAGAGAUGCCCCUGCUAACGGGAAUGCGAAUGAGGAAAACGGGGAGCAGGAGGCUGACAGUGAGGUAGAUGAAGAAGAGGAAGAAGGUGGGGAGGAAGAGGAGGAGGAUGGAGAUGAGGAUGAGGAAGCUGAGUCUGCUACGGGCAGGCGGGCAGCUGAAGAUGAGGAGGAGGAGGAUGUCGAUACCAAGAAGCGGAAGACCGACGAGGAUGAUUAGACAGCAAAAAAGGAAAACUUAAACUAAAAAAAACAAAAAAAAAAGGCCGCCGUGACC